AUGGCCGUCCCACCCUCACCCACCUUUUGUAGAGGCUAUAUCCUAGCCCACCAACAUCCCUCAUACAAACCCGAAACCAAUCCUGAGUCCCCAGCUAUCGACCCAUAUGCGGUGAUCCCUUGUCCACACGAUGUCAAGGUGCCACAACCGGUUUCGAAAAGAUGUCAAGAAUCUACUGGGGCUAGGGCAUGCUGGAGAGCGAAGUACUGCGAGAUGCAUUGGUGUGGUGGGUGUAAGAAGGUUAAUGGAGUUGGGAGGGUGAAACCUGCGGAGUCUAAGGAGGAGGUGAAAGUGCAGGGUUGA